UGCCAGCCGGCCCAGCCACGCUUGUGUCCAGGGCCAGCCCACGGGGGCCACGCAGGGCUGCCGGAUGGACAGGCAGGGAAUACCUUCCUCGGGCGGAGGCUGGCUUGUCCCUGGGGAGUCGGCCCAAGCGACUGCCCUCCUCUCCCUCCCCAGGGGCUGGAGACCUGCAAACCAGCAACCCAGCAACUCAGAGCCAACACCGGGAGCGGGCGGCACGCCCCCUCUUCGCCCCUCAGUUCUGGGAUCUGUCACGAUGGUGGGCGAGGGGGCCAGAUAGGACCAACGACACACGGAGGCGGCCUUCAGCCGGCCAGAGGGGCCCUCGGGAAAGGCGCGGAUGCACUUCCGGUCCCGGCGACCGCCGGGAGGCGCAGCGCGGGCUGCGCGUUGCUGACCUCUGGCGGUCGCCCUGCGGGACUUCGCGUCCUGUUUACGUCCGGGCGCGCACCUGAGUCUUUUACCUUUACCCAAGAAAGGAAUAAAAGAGGUCAGACGAUGACAACUGUGUCCUCAACAGCCAGGCCCCAGGAAUCAGUGGCUUUUGAUGACGUGGCUGUGUACUUCACUAAGAAGGAAUGGGCCAUCAUGGUGCCUGACCAGAGGGCCUUGUACAGGGAUGUGAUGCUGGAGAACUAUGAGGCUGUGGCCUUUGUAGCAGUGCCACCCACUUCCAAACCAGCUUUGGUCUCUCAUUUGGAGCAAGGGAAAGAGCCCUGUUUCACCCAACCACAGGGAGUCCUGAGCAGGAGGGACUGGAGAGCAGGCUUUAUAGGACACUCGGAACUGAGAAGAUAUACUUACUUAGCUAAAGCAAUGUUAUGUGUAAUAAAAUCAAAAAUUCUUCAAAAUCAUCGAUGCUGGGAAGACAGGAGAAAGGCUUAAUUCUUGACAUUUAAAUACCAGUUUUCCAAGUCAGGAGUUGAUGUAAGAGGCACCUUAAAUGAUGUCAAAUGCACAUUUUCUUUUUCUGUAGACUAGUUUCUGUAGAUUUAAUGUUUUUCAUUCAUUAAAAUAAUUCAUUUUGAUGUACAAA